AUGCAUGGACGUAUCGAACACUUGGAGGUCCUCGUUAAAAGACUCAUCGACCAGAACCAGAGAUUCUCUCCUCUCAGUAAGGAUGCGGCCCGUACUCCCGCGCGCCCUAAACCCGAGGUGGGAUCAACAGUGUCUGUUGGAGUGCCCGGCGCAGGUUCAAGGUUUUCUGCUGACUCCGCUACAAUCAUCGAUGCUUCACGUUCGGUAUACCACAAUGAGAACGAUUGGUAUACUGUUUUACAGGAGAUCAAGGAGAUCAAGAAGACGUGGUCUCAGGAGCAGGACGACGAGAGUGAGGAUAGCAUUCGUCCCAAUGCCUCUCACGCGGCAGAUGGGUCUAGUCUACUAUUCCAACAAGUCAAACCGGUCGAACGAAUGGACAUCUUAUCUGCUCUGCCGCCGAAGACACAGGCUGAUAGGCUGGUCUCGUAUUUCUUUGAUCGUCAAUCAUUCCCCAUCAGUGUUCCUCCGAUCCUUCAUGAGCCGACAUUCAGGAAACAUUACAAUGACCAUUGGAGAGAUCCCGAUCAAACCAACAUCAUCUGGCUUGGUCUUUUGUUCUCGAUGCUGGGUAUCACGAUGCUAGCCUAUCACCAAUAUGGCGAACCGCCCGAGUACGAAGGUAUCUCUGAAUCACUCUUCCAUCUCUAUCGAACUCGCACUGCGCAGUGUUUGCUCAGCGGUGAUAUUGCCAAGUGCCUACCGUACACGGUCGAGACGCUGCGCUUCAACGCGACCGCCGAGCUUAAUCGUAAAGAUGACAGUCGUCGCGGACUAUGGAUCAUGACCGGUGUCAUCGUUCGAACUGCCGUCAACAUGGGCUACCACCGCGACCCCGGAGCCAACGCCAACGUCUCCGUUCUUCAAGCCGAAUACCGCCGACGCAUUUGGCUCACUGUGAUCAGUAUGGACGACAUGACCUCAUUUUUCGCUGGAUUCCCACGCACGAGGUCGAUGAUCUACUCCGACACUAAGGAACCUCGCAAUCUACAUGACUGGGAACUUUCAGACGACGCCACCGCGUCUCUUCCUCCGUCACGACCCCUUUCAGAAGUCACUGAAACCACAUAUCUCAUCGUCAAGGGCCGUCUCCUGUGUGCUUUAGGCCGUAUCUCCGACUUCAACAGUGGCCCAACCCCAGACUCGUACGUAACGGUCCUCGAGAUCGACCGGGCAGUGUAUACUGCUUACAACGAUUUCCCAGAGCACAUGAAAGUGCCUUCUCUCAACGACAUGUCCUUACCCAUCCGCACCAUGGCCGGAUUCUCCAAUCUGAGUUUGUUGUGCAUGUACCAUACGGGAAUGUGCACUCUUCACCGCCGCUUUCUGGCGCGCGGGAAAUCCAACAACGAGUUCCAGUUUUCCCGAGACAGAUGCAUCUCGUCCGCGCUGGGGACCUUGGACUUUCAACGUGUGGUGGAACCCUCGUUUUACCGAAUGUCGCAGACUCGACAGGUCCUCAUUCUCGCUGCAAUGAUUUUGUUUCUGGAGAUUGAAGUGAGACGACAGGAUCCCUGUGAAGGCGAAGUACGUCCGGAUACUGGCAUUCUUGUUCACGCGUUGGAGGAAUCAUGCACGCUGUGGGCACAAGCGAUGGACGCGUGCGAUGAGUCGUGGAAGGUCCAUCGAUUUCUUGUCGGUAUGCUUUCGAAUCUGAAUGUCAACAACACCGGCUCCGCGUCUGGGUCCGGGGGUGGAUCUACGUCGUCUCAGGCAGGGUCGAUGACGGCACCUGUGGACCUCACGAGCGUGUCCUCAGACACGCAGGCAGACUCCUACUGGAAAGAAUUCUCAUUUGAGAACGAAUUGUCAAAUGUCGAUUUCGACUGGGCUACGUGGGAUGCAUUCAUCGAGGAUGCCGAUUAG